CAGAGAAGCUGCGCUAACAACGCGGGUGUUUUUCCCUGCAUGUUUGAGGUGAUAUCAGAACAAAAUGUGAUGUUAUAAUGUUAUUUUAACUGUUAGGGUUCAGACUGAAUCAUGUUCUUAUGUUUUUCAGUUAUAUCUAUCUUUAAAGACCUCUUCAAGUCAUCUGUAGAUGAGAUUUAUAAUGACGAGGUCUGUUCCACUAAACCACAAAGUGAUGUUCAGUGAAGACAUGAAUGAAGUUGAGGAGAAACAUCAGUGUCAGAAAACCCGGAAUGUUGUAAGGCUGGAAAUGUCUUCUAGUAGUUUGCAGAAGAACAAGAAGAUUUUUUCUCCAAAAAGGAAACAAAGAACUGAAGCGGGCGAGCCGUUCACCUGCUCUCACUGUGGAAAGAGUUUCAAACACAAAUUUAGUUUUCGGAGACACGUGACAAUUCACACUGGAGAGCGUCCAUACACAUGUCCUCAGUGUGGAAAGAGUUUCAACCGCAAGUCAACUCUUGAGGAGCACAUCAGAAUUCACACUAAAGAGCGCCCACAUGCUUGUACUCAGUGUGGAAAGAGUUUUACACAGAAAUCAACACUUGAUGCGCACAUGAGAGUUCAUACCGAAGAGCGUCCAUACACGUGUCCUCAGUGUGAAAAGAGUUUCAACCGCAAGGCAACACUUGAGGAUCACAUUAGAAUUCACACUAAAGAGCGCCCACAUGCUUGUACUCAGUGUGGAAAGAGUUUCAGAGUGAAAUCAAAUCUUAGGGUGCACAUUAGAUUUCACAAGAAAGAGCGUCCAUGAAGAUGUCUUCAUUGUGGAAAGAAUUUACACAAUAAAUUGUUGAUUUGCACCCAAUUUACUCAUCUAGAUGUUUCUUCAGUAGAGCAGUAAGUGUUUUUAGCUGCUAUCUGUUGUAUCAAGACCAGUACAAAUACAAAUACAUAAAUUACUUAUUGAUUUAAAUUCACAAUAAUGUCUCUAAAAAGCUUGAAUGACUUGAGGUAUGUUUAUAAACUAUUUCAAUUAUUUUGUAAACACGUCACGGACUUUCAUAACCUCAUAUAUAUAUGUACAUAGAGAAUAAUAUAUACUUUUGUUUGUGGAAGAGAUUUAAUAUAAGUGAUGAAUAAGGACAGUUUGAUGGUAUAAUACUUUAAGUUGUUUUAUGUGCUGAUCAUGUAUAAAUUCUCCCUCAGAAAUAUGAUCUGAUAAAUAUUGUAGUGGUAACUAGUAACUUGGUAUUAGCGCCUAUUGUAUUGUUGCUAAUAUAUGACAUUUCGCUAUUUGCUGUCUGAACUCUAUGUACAUCCCUUUAGCGUCUACUAAGUGACUAAAUGUAAAUGUUUUCCUAUACAGGGAUUAUUUGAAACCAGGACCAAGCCUUACUGCAUUUAAGUAUUUUUUACAGAAGUGCAUUGUCUCAUGUGUGCCUCUUGAGACAAAACAAUGGCUCUAGUGUAUUUUAGAAAUGUUUUUUUUGUUUAGACACACCUUUAUUUAGUCUUGGACAAGUAUAAAACCAAGCAUGGGAAACCAUCCCAUUACAAUGAAAUAAAUGAAAGCACAGUUGUGUCCUAAAUGACAUACAGUACUAUACAAUAUGUGUUGGGUAGACUAUAAAACGGCUAUUAUUUUUUCCCAAUGUGUGAGCUUUCUGUACAUCACCGGUCAAUUUAUUUUGUCUUAUAUAUGUGCUCAAUUGGAAUUCUCUGUGGACAAGGGAAAAAUUACUUGUGGUAUUUCUGUGGUAAAAUAUAAAAAAAAACACACACAAAAAAUCUUGUUAUGACAGGAUUACCACAGCACCUUUUUUUUAUGUUCUCGCCCUGAAUACAUGAUUCCUGAAAAAGUCAGUUCUCAACAGAUGAGAUAAAGGGUCAAGCCUGACUUUCAUUUUGUGGUUACAAUUAACAUUUUUCCUUUUAAUUAUCUUCACUGUAUUUUCCCCAUAGUUUGUAGGAAAUCAAUUAUACCGUGAUGUAUUUUUACAUAGUAAAUAAACUUGUAUAAUAUGUGUAA